GGGCAAUAAAGAAUUCCGAACAGUCGCCCUGGCUGUGUCUUUACUUGCGCGCGCGCGGAGGGGCAGGGCCCUGAGCGCCUUGCUGACCUCAUCGGGACGCGCCGCCGGCUUAAAUGGCGCUCUUCGCGGUCCGCAGGUACAUUAGUGAUGAAGAGGAUAAUCCAGAAUGUAAGUCCCAGUUGCUCUUACAUCGGCUGCAGGAGCAAGCAAAGACUCGGCAGCUGCAAAAACAGGAGCAGAGCUGGCCCACUUCUGGGCAACGAAAGAGAUUGGCAUCUGGAACACUUGAAGAAGAGACCAACAAGAAAUUAAAGCAAACAAGCAAAAAGAAGAAGGCAAGUCAGGAAUUUCUUUCAACCCAAAGUCACAGAGAAAAGAACCCAAGACAACAUACCUAUGGGGCAGAAAGUUUGCCUGAGAAAGGAGAUGACUCAGGCAAAAGUAAGAAUGGUGGGAAUUCCAGAGCACGUCAAGGAAAGAUAGAAGCAGUCAAAGGAGAUGAAAGUAUGUUGGAGAAUCAUCCGGAAAACAAAGCUACCCCAGCAGAAGAACGAAUGGGAGAUUUUGGAGACAAAGAGAGCCGAGCCGGAGAGGAUCAGAUGAUGCUGACACCAAAUUCAAGAACAGCUUCUCCACCUUCUAGCCUGACUGUCCUUGGUCCUUGUGAUCAAAAGAAUCUGCACAAGGUGCCGCCUUUUGUGCCGCGGUGGUUCAGUCAGCCGCAGCUCUUCUGGAGGAAGAUCAGAGAGAACCUCGUCCCUCUUCAGGAUGUCCCAGCCAUCCAUCCUAAGAUGAGGAAGAAGCUGCACGCCAGUGGCAUAGCCUCUCUCUUUCCAGUUCAAGCCAAGGUGAUUCCCGCCAUCUUGGAUUGUGGGCCCAAUGGGGGCUUAGCUGGCAGGGGUGGCCAUCCCCCAAGCGACAUCUGUGUUUCAGCCCCCACCGGCAGUGGCAAGACAUUGGCCUUCGUCAUUCCAGUGGUGCAGGCCCUGUUGGACCGCAUUAUCUGCCAUGUACGGGCUCUGGCAGUCUUGCCCACCAAAGAGCUGGCCCAGCAGGUGACUAAAAUAUUCAACAUUUACACUGAUGGGACUGGGCUGAAAGUUGUCCAGCUUACUGGACAGAAAUCUUUCGCGAAAGAACAAGAGUCCCUUUUUGAGACAACGCUGAUGGGAUUUCGUAGUCUGGCAGACAUUGUUGUGGCCACCCCAGGACGCCUGGUGGACCAUCUCCAGCAAAGUCCCCAGUUCAACUUGCGAGAGCUUCGUUUUUUGAUCAUUGACGAAGCAGAUCGCAUGAUUGACAACAUGCACCAGGAUUGGCUGCAGCAAGUGAUAGAGGCUAUGUACCGGGCUGAAAAGGGUUCUGGUCCCGCCGGGCUGUUCAGAAGGGUGCAGCCAAUUCCCUCCACAGCAGCCAGGGCUUACUGCCCCCGGCUCCCUCUGCAGAGGCUCCUCUUCUCAGCCACUCUGACGCAGGACCCCGAGAAGCUGCAGCGGUUGGGCCUCUACCAGCCUCGCCUCUUCACACCAGCUCAGUCUAGGAAAGGGGCCGAUGUGCUUGGCUCUCAGCCAUGCAUCAAGGGAAAGUACAUUCUCCCUGAGGGGCUCUCACAAUAUUAUGUCCCAUGCAGCCUGAACUGGAAACCGCUGUUCCUCCUGCAUUUCCUGGUAAGACUGAAAUUCUCCCAAGUGCUGUGCUUCACCAACAGCAAGGAAACCUCGCACAGACUCUUCCUGCUAAUACAGGCCUUUGGUGGAGUGAAGGUAGCUGAGUUUUCUUCAAAGCUGAGCCCAAGCAAAAGGAAGGUGACCUUGAAGGAGUUUGAGCAAGGCAAGAUCCAGCUUUUGGUCAGCACGGACGCCACGGCUCGAGGGAUCGAUUUUGGUGGUGUGAAAUGUGUCAUUAGCUACGAUGCCCCUCAGUUCAUCAGAACCUACAUUCACCGGGUGGGCAGAACUGCUCGUGCUGGGAAGGCAGGCCUGGCUUUCUGCCUGCUCCUCAAGCAACAGGAGUAUAGGUUCCUAAAGAUGCUGAAGGAUGCAGGUCUUCCAGAAUUGCAGCCACAGCUGAUCCAGAGCGCCUCCAUUCAGCCUCUCCUCCAGCAGUACGAAGCAGCCCUGGCUGAACUCGCAUGGACUGUCAAGGAGGAGCAGCUUGGAAAGCGAUCUUAAAGCAGUCUGGAGAAAUGCUUUGUGUAUGUCCCAAGAUACUGCGAACCAGCAGAACUGGAACUCAGCUCCAUGCUCUUGAGGGCACAAUGCCCAGAAGCUGAUUAGAAUUGUGAAGAGCAACUUGAGGGCCAAAGAAUGAAGGACACAGCCUGCUCUCACUGCGAAGCAGGAAGAAUAAUUCUUGGUUCUUUAAAAGCAGAUUAAUAAAAGCCUUUCUGGGCAGAGGA